UAAUAUUUACAGUGUUGCUAGAUUAUUAUUAUACAGAAUUCUUGAUCUUUUGAAAGUGGCUUAUUGUUAUUAGUAUAAUUAUACAGUGUUAGUUCUCUUAACAUGAGGAACACACAACUUGGUAGUGAGGGGAACUGGAAGACGCUGUAUGGAAAGGACAUAACUGCCAUCAAAAAGUUCAAACGAAAAGGUCGAGAUCCAGUCAAACACGUCAACGGACUUAAAAGUUUUAAACAUGGCGCUACAAUGGUUGAGGCUUCAACCAGGCAAUUGAUGGAAGACACGAGCAGAAAUAAGAGUUUUGAAAGGUUGCAGGAUCGGGGCAGAGUGGCAUCUGAUGUGGAUCGCCUCGCGCACCCAAGAAGAAACUCUAACAGAGCUAUCGAUAUGAGGAUUAGCUCUUUAUCUUCUAUGACGGGACAUAUCGCGACUCCCCGGUCCCAGCGAUCGUCCCCUGCCCCAGCAACAGACACCUUCACAAACACGUCGCCGCAGGUCACCAGCUUUGACCAUCCACAGCCGUUUGCGGUAGACCACCCGCUCCACUCGCGGAUUGUAUUGUGUCAGCGGUCAUCCGAGAGAUCUUUCUCUUCCGUCCCCCAGGCGUCUUACAUCAAUAACAGCGAGCAGGCGGCAUCGCCUAGGAAACGGCUGGGAGAAACGUCUGGCGUCGUCACUGAGAUCAAAGCCAUUCAGCAGACACGGAGGCUGCUAGCAAAUGCCAGAGAGAGGACCCGUGUGCAUACCAUCAGUGCCGCCUUUGAGGCGCUGAGGAAGCAGGUACCAUGCUACUCCUAUGGGCAGAAGCUGUCCAAACUGGCCAUCCUGCGGAUCGCUUGUAACUACAUCCUGUCCCUUGCCCAGCUGGCCGAGUUGGACUACACGCCAGACCACAGCAAUAUGAGCUUCACCGAAUGCGUGGAGCAGUGCACUCGGACCCUGCAGGCGGAAGGCCGCUCCAAGAAGAGGAAGGAGUAGGACAAGGAAUUUCCACAGCCUCUGCCAGCCCCAGAUCAGUGAAAGAUCUCUGGCUACCAGUCUCAGAUCAGUGAAAGAUCUCUAUUUACCAGCCCCAGAUCAGUGACCGACCUCCAUAUACCAGCCCCAGACCAGUGAAAGACCUCCACCUACCAAUCUCAGAUCAGUGAAAGACCUCCAUCUACCAGCCCCAGAUCAGUGAACAGCAGAGUUCCACUUAGAUCUUCUGUCCAGGACCGAUGGAGGGCAAAUGUCUUGUUCCAAUCAUGAUUGCCAAGUUCUUCCUUGCCAAGGACUUUCCAGACUGUUCCAACUAAUCCAGACUCUUCCAGACUGAAGUGUAGAGAUGUGUGAAAGAGAAUACAAUCUUACCAUACCUAGAAUGCAAUUUCUAUUAGCGCUCAGUAUUCUUUUUUCCUUAAUAAAAAUAUUUUGUCUGCUAUUUUCUUUAUUUUUCCAUAGAGCAUUAAGACGGGGAGCGAUGUUUGUGACUCCACUGUUCAAGUCUUCAUAGUAUCUGGUCCUAUGUACCAAUAUGGUACUAGCCAAGUGAAUGCUUCAGCACAGACAUUACCAAAUGAGCCCAGAGCACCAUUUUACUUUCUAUACCCUAUAUAAGAUGUUGUAUCUGAGAGUUUCUCUGAACUUACUGCAGGUUUUGAUUUACUUUUUGGAGGACUUAUUGGGCCAAUUUUGUAAUCUCAGCAGUGUAGUUUGCUUUUUUAAUCUGUAGAUUUAUUUAUUAGUUCUGGCUUUUAUGACUGCCCAUUGGUGUUGACUGUACACUAUGUAAAGCGUGAAGAUUUAAAUAAAACAUAGACUGCU